AUGACUGUAGAAGAGAAGAAGCUCGAUGCCAGCGAAGCGGCCGUCCAGCCCACGUCUAGCAAUGGCGAGGGCGAGAGCGAGCCACAGCAUCGGCAGUUGUCCAGAGCGCUUAAGGGUCGGCAUAUGCAGAUGAUUGCGAUCGUCAAUGGUGCUUUCUACGAAUAUGCUGUUCGCUUCAUUGAUCCGGCCUGGGGCUUUGCAAUGGGAUGGGAGUACUCCAUCGGAUGGAUGGUCACCCUUCCCUUCGAAAUCACCGCCGCUGGCAUCACAAUCGAGUUCUGGAAGAGCAGAGAAGAAGUCAACCCCGGCGUAUGGUGCGCCGUCUUCAUGUCACUCUUGAUCAUCAUCCAAGUCUUUGGAAUCAUAGCAUGCAUCGGCUUCAUCGUCCUCGGCAUUAUCAUCAACGCCGGCGGCGUACCCACAGACCCUAGAGGCUACAUCGGCGCGCAAUACUGGCACAACCCAGGCGCCUUCAGGAACGGCUUCCAAGGAUUCUGCUCCGUCUUCGUAACCGCCGCCUUCUUCUUUGGCGGGACCGAAAUGGUGGGCCUCGCAGCCGCUGAAGCCAAGAACCCGCGCAAGACCCUCCCGAAAGCUACCCGCCAAGUCUUCUGGCGCAUCGCCCUCUUCUACAUCCUCAACAUCUUCAUCAUGGGCCUCAUAGUCCCCUCUGACAGCGACGUACUCCUCGGCGCCAGCGGGGCAAACACAAAGGCGUCCCCCUUUGUCUUGGCCGUCCAGCUUGCCGGGAUCCAGAUCCUCCCUCACAUUAUCAACGGCGUAAUCACCUGCGCCGUCAUCUCCGUCGCAAACAGCUGCACCUACGGCUCAACCCGCGUCCUCCAAGCCCUCGCCCAAUCCGGCCGCGCCCCCUCCAUCUUUGCCAAGAUCGACAAGUCCGGCCGGCCCAUCUACUGCGUCGCGCUGCAAGUCGCCUUCGGCUUCAUCUCCUUCAUCACCGUCGCCGCCGACAGCAAGACCGUCUUCAACUGGCUUCUCGCCGUCACGGGCCUCUCGGGCCAGUUCGCGUACGCGAGCAUCAUGAUUGCGCACAUUCGCUUCCGCAAGGCGUGGAGGGUGCAGGGGAGGAGUACCGAAGAUAUACCAUGGAGGUCUGCGCUGGGUGUGCCCGUCGGAGGGAAGCCGAGCGCCAAAUCUUUCUUCCAGGGAUACUUGGCUGCUCCCAUCACCAUCUCUCUCUUCUUGUUUUGGAAGGUCUACACCAAAGAUUGGGGGUUCGGCGUCGACUUGCACAGCGUUGAUCUCGACAUGGGAAGGCGGCCCGAGGAGGAGCUUGAUGAUAUCUACGAAGGGACCGAGAAGAAGAAGAAUGUUUGGAAGCGGGGCUUGUCGGUCAUCUUUUAG